AACUGUCGCGAGAAUUCGUCAAGGAAACGCCGGAAACCGCUCCUCAGUAGCGGCUGAAGGGGCGGUCUCGAGGAGUGAGGGAAUCCGAGCUGCUCCGUGGUGCAAGAUGGCGGACAUCUCCCUGGACGAGCUUAUCCGGAAACGGGGAGCUGCGGCAAAGGGGCGGCUCAGUGUCAGACCAGGAGUUGGAGGUAUCCGAUCUUAUUUUGGGAUCCAGCAGAGCUUCCUCAGCCAGCCAGCACGCACAGCCACCUUCCAGCAGAAGUUUGAUGCCCGGCAGAAGAUCGGCCUCUCGGAUGCCCGGCUCAAGCUGGGAGUCAAGGAUGCCCGAGAAAAGCUUCUGCAGAAAGAUGCUCGUUUCCGGAUCAAAGGGAAAGUGCAGGAUGCCAGAGAGAUGUUGAACUCCCGCAAGCAGCAGAGCUUGGCUCCCCAGAGGCCCCACCAGGUAGCUGAUGCCCGGGAGAAGCUCAGCUUGAAGCGGAGUUCCCCUGCUUCCUUCAUGAGCCCCCCCAUCGGGACGGUGACUCCAGCGCUGAAGCUCACUAAAACCAUCCAGGUCCCACAGCAGAAGGCCAUGACACCGCCUCAUGCCCAUCCUGCUGGAAUGAGGAUUAACGUCGUCAACAAUCACCAGGGGAGACAGAAUUUAUAUGACCUGGAUGAAGAUGAUGACAUUGCAGCUCCCAUUCCUAGUAAACAGAUGAAAUUGGCAACCUCCAGCAGCUUUCUCCACCACAUGGCCGGGCUGAGCAGUUCCAAGCUUUCCAUGUCCAAGGCCCCCCCUCUCACCAAAGUGGUUCAGAAUGAUGCGUACACAGCUCCUGCUCUCCCCUCCUCGGUUCGAACAAAAGCCUUGACCAACAUGUCCCGGACACUAGUGAACAAGGAGGAUUCCCCCAAAGAGCUGCCUCCUGCUGAGCCUGUCCUCAGCCCUCUGGAAGGGACCAAGAUGACGGUGAAUAACCUACACCCGAGGGUCACCGAGGAGGACAUUGUUGAGCUUUUUUGUGUGUGUGGAGCCCUGAAGCGGGCUCGGCUGGUCCACCCGGGGGUAGCAGAGGUGGUUUUUGUGAAGAAGGAUGAUGCCAUCACCGCAUACAAGAAAUACAACAACCGGUGUCUGGACGGGCAACCAAUGAAGUGCAACCUUCACAUGAAUGGGAACGUCAUCACCUCCGACCAGCCCAUCCUGCUACGGCUGAGUGACAGCCCCUCGGUGAGAAAGGAGAGUGAGCUGCCUCGCAGGGCGAACUCUGCCGCCUCGUCCAACCCUCCAGCUGAGGUGGACCCCGACACCAUCCUGAAGGCGCUCUUCAAGUCCUCGGGGGUCUCUGUGGCCACACAGCCCACAGAAUUCAAAAUCAAACUUUGAGCGGGGGAGCAAGGCAGCCAGAAGGGGGCAGAGGAGGGUGGCUCUGUUUCCCGAAGCAAAGCUUGUGACCAAUGGGCCGUUGGACUGGAGGCCCCAGGCGGGGGUAAGAGCUCCUCACUGGACAGACCCGCCUUCCUGUGAUGUGUUCUAGCCUGUGCUCUGUACGUUAACAUUUCCUGUAGCGUUUCUUCUCCCUCCACCUUCUCUCCAAGGUAGGUUUGUGUUGUUCAAUUGUCUCUCCCCCUAAACUCAGCUCCAAGUUCUUUCCUGGAAAUGGUGUCCUGAAUUCUCUGUGUGCUUUCUUGUGGCUCCAUGGGAUACAGAGGGGCUGUUUGGAGGAUACUGUUUUUUCCAAGGGUGAGGGGCCUCCUCCCAUUUUAUUUUUUCAGUUUUUGAACAAAGUGGAGAAGGGAAGUUUCGCCGUCCUAAUGGGAGCCGGGUCAGCUCCAGAGCUGUGCCACUCUCCGGCCUGGUCAGUGGAGGGACCUGGGUGGGCAUCAGGCCACAGGCUCUUGUCCUCUCCCAUAAUUGUCUCCACACCAGUGUGGUCUGGAGGGCCCUGUUGGCAAGGGCAGGGUGAGGCUGCUGCUCUUCCAGGAAGUGUGCACCCCAGUUCUUGCCUGCAGGGCCCGUGCUGUUUCGGGCAGGUCGGAGUUAAUCCUGAGGUCACAGGUCCCUUUCCCAUGGGUUCGGCCCAGUGCUCCACCCCAGUUCCCUUGGCCUCUGGUUAUUACUGCUGGGGGGGCUUGCUGGUCCCUCAAGUUUUCACUAGCCCAGAGCUCAUCACACCCUGGUUCUAGUGUUAAUGCCAGCUCUCCCCUAGUUCUGUGACACUGUGGGUUUGGAGGAUUAUUAAAAGGGGAGAUAUUGGCUUGCUCCUGGCUCUUUUUUUCUGGCCUCAGAUGUCCACAGGACAAUAGUCAGGAUUCUGGGAGCACACAUGCAGCUACCACCUUUGUAAGUGGCCCAUCGGUCCAUGAGCAGAGGGAUCUUUUCCUGCCUUGGCAAUGGGGGAGGGGAGUGGUGGUAAGAAGGCAGUAGAGAGAGCAAAGCAGCCCGUCCAGGCAAACACUAGGUUCCUCUCAGAAUGGUUCCAGGGAGUUGGAGCAAAACUUUAGCACUCAGGGCAGCCCCUGAAUGCCCAGUCAGCAUGGCUCCAGAGUCACCAUCAGUGCCCCGCCAGCUGGCUGGGGCUGUAAAGGCAGUCCAGGUGGCAGAGCUGGAGAGAGUUGGGGAGCAGGAUUCUGGGAGCCCCACAGGAUCAGUAGCAAGUGCUGUGAAAGGCACAGGCCAAGAAAGGAAAGGGGCUGAGACACUAAGCCUCUCGUGACCUGCUGGGGCCAGCACAGUGA